GCAGCCGGCCGUGAGGGUUGGGUUUCACUCUUCAAUGUGUAUGCAGUGUAAGAUAACCUUGCCAUUAAGGACAGCACACAGGGAGGAGACGGGAGGCUCAUUGUGUGAAGCAUCAUUUUGCUCUAUAGGCACAGAGUCGGGCUAAUGCUCACAGGUACUGGACGUACAUCGAGCCUCUGGACUUCUGACAGACAAUAAUGAGAUGAUUGCCGGAUAGAUCCGGGCAGAAUGAUAAGGCGUUCCGGCGAUGGGAGCCAAGCAGUCGGUGGUUGGCAGCGUUCCCUUGAGUCAUUCGCCCACUCUGAAGAACAUCCAAGAGGCCUAUACGGAUGGUGAGGACCAGAGGGCACGCGAGCUAAUCCGGCUUUCCUGCGAGAAUAAUGGCGGAGCGGGACCGGAUGGGGUGCAGCUCCUGUGUUUGGUGGCUCAGAACGGUGACUUGGACGGCGUUCGGUUCUUGCUGCAGGAAGCUCGAGUUACGGUUCCACAGGAGCCCAGCGAAGAAAACCCUGCCGUCUUAGCAGCACAUCACGGACAUCAGCUGUUGGUCCGAGAGCUGCUGGACUCCAUACCGCGUCCGUGCGUCCGUAAGGAUCUGCUGAACUGGAUGUUGGCUACGGCGUGUCAGCAGGGUCAUCUAGAGGUGGUGAAGCUGCUGGUUCAUACAUACAAUGCUGACACCGAGGACUGCGCUGUUCAUUCAGGAGAGUUUGCCAUCAUCACCGGUUUGCCCCUGUACGCCGCAGCACAGGCAGCAAAUAAGGAGGUCGCGUGUUUUCUGCUGGACAAUGGAGCCAGUUUCUCCUCGUACACGCUGAUGGAUCACGCAGACUUCAGCAGGCAGCUGCUCAGACAGCGCCACCUGCAGGACAAAGACGCUCCUGCGGACGGGACGCUGCUGCAGGUGAGACUCAUCCCGCUGAAUUGUUUUAAGGUCAGCGCUGGAUCUGUAUUAGCUAACAGCCGGCGUUCUGCUGCAGGCACGAACUGGAUCGGCCUCCGUAAGCUGCAGGAGCUGGAUGUGUCCGACAACAGCCUGACGGACCUGCCCUCCUCCAUCCUGCACUGUCUGAAGGCCCUCAGCUCUCUCAACAUCAGCAGAAACAAACUCAGCAGCUUCCCCGACCCCUGGGCCUGUCCUCUGAAAAUCUGCAAAGCUUCAAGCAACCAGAUCGAGUUCCUUCCUGACACCAUCUCCAUCUUCUGGAAGACUCAUCUGAUGGAGGUGGACAUCUCCGAGAACGUCCUGAAGGAGCUGCCCUCAUACAUAUUUGAGCUAGAGGCCAUCGUCUCUCUGAAGUUGUGUGGGAACCAAAUCUCCACUCUGCCCUCUCCAAACAAAUGGAAAUGCUCUUGUCUGCGAACACUAGACCUGUCCAGAAACCAACUGGGGAAAACGGGAGAGCCGACCAAAACCAGGAAACUGGCCUUCUUCACUACAUGGCACAGACGAGACCCAGAGCCAGUUUGUCCCAUUCAGUUUCCUGUAAUCCUGCGGGAUUCUCUGGAAGUUCUCUUCCUGAAUGACAACCAGCUGGAGUGUGUGCCGCCGUCAGUGUGUGCCCUCAAGAACCUCUCCGAACUCUAUCUGUCCAAUAAUCCAGGUAUCCAGGAUCUUCCUGUUGAGCUCGGGCAGCUCUCCAACCUCUGGCAGCUGGACAUCGAAGACCUGAACAUCACCAACAUCCCCGCAGACGUCAGGAAAGAUGGUCCGGCUGCGGUUCUGGCGUAUCUGCGAGCGGAGCUGCGAGGAGCAGAGCCUUGCAGACUGCUGAAGCUGAUGGUGGUGGGUCCUCCACGGCAGGGGAAGAGCGCUCUGCUGGAGGGGCUGCAGACGAGCAAACCCUCAUCCUUCAUCAACACUGACCGCAGCAUCCACACGUCCGGCUGGGAUCUGGAGCGACCCGGAGGAGUGAAAUCUGCUGUUGAUUCAGUGUCCUUCAACGUGUGGGAUAUUGGUGGUCCGGCCAGCAUGUCGACGGUAAACCAGUGUUUCUUCACGGAUAAGGCUCUGUUUAUGGUGAUCUGGAAUCUGGCUUUGGGAGAGGAAGCCGUGGCCAACCUGCAGUCCUGGCUGCUCAACAUCGAGGCUCGCGCUCCUAACUCUGCUGUCAUCGUCGUUGGGACGCAUCUGGACCUCAUAGACACUAAGUUUCGUACGGAGCGCGUCGCCACACUGAGGGCCUACAUUCUGGCACUUUGCAGAACCCCCUCGGGCGCGCGGGCCAGCGGAUACCCCGACAUCACAUGGAAACACCUCCAUGAGGUGUCGUGUAAGACGCUGGAAGGCAUGGACGGACUCAGGAGGCUGUUGUUCCAGGUCGCUUGCUCCAUGAAGGACAUCAGCAACCCUGCUAGCUGUCACAAACUAGUGGGAAGACUGAUCCCCAAAAGUUACCUGACCCUGCAGGAGGCCAUAAAAGCAGAACGUCUGAGAAGAGAUGAAGUGGAUGAGGUCCAGUACCUGAUGGACUCAGAACUGGAGCAGAUCAUUGAGCAGAGUCCUGCCAGUGAUAUCAAAGAUUACGAGGAUCUGCAGACGGCGAUCAAUUUCCUCAUCGAGACUGGCACCAUGCUACAUUUCUCCGACACCAGUCAUGGCCUGUGUAAGCUCUACUUCCUGGAUGCUGUGUGGCUGUCCGAGUGUUUGGAGCGGAUCAUCAACCUGAGGGGCUCACGCUCUGUGGCCCGUAAUGGGGUCAUCAAGGCCGAGGACCUGCGCAUGCUGCUGGUGGGCACCAGAUUCACCCAGCAAACAGAAGAACAGUACUUCCAGUUCCUGGCUAAGUUUGAGAUCGCUCUACCAGUGGCCAGCAACAGUUAUCUGUUGCCCCACCUUUUGCCCCCCAAACCUGCCCUGGACAUCCACGGCUUUCGGCACCAGAGCAACAACUCCAUUCAGCGGCAUUUUAAGAUGAGCUUUGUUCCUGCGGGAUUCUGGGAGCGCUUUAUAGCCAGGAUGCUAAUUAGUUUAAACCAGAUGGACGUGCAGGCAUUCGAGACCAAAAGGCCCACGAAGAACCAAAGGAACCACAGUACGGUGAUCUACAGCUUUGCGGGAAAUCAGCAGCGCAAUCGCUGCAGCACUUUCCGCGUCCGGCGCAGUCAGACCAUCUACUGGAAAGAAGGGCUGCUAGUCACCUUUGAUGGCGGAUAUCUGAGCGUAGAGUCGUCUGACCUGAACUGGAAGAAAAAGAAAAGCGGAGGCAUCAAGAUCAUCUGUCAGUCGGAGACGAGGGAUUUCUCAGCGAUGGCUUUCAUCACCGAUCACGUUAACGCCCUCAUAGAGCAGUGGUUUCCUGCGCUGACGGGCAGUGAGAGCGAUGGCUCUCGUCUCAUAGAGCAGUACGCGCCCUGUCCGUACUGCAGCUCCGGACCCCGAGUGUCCGACCCGCUGCCUCUGUCCCGCUCCAGUCAGUGCACCGUCCACUACUUCAACAUGGAGGACUGCGUGCUGGCAGCCGUGGACAAGGAGCACAUCAGCUGCCCCAACCACCCCAAACAGCCCGUCCCGCUACAGGAGCUGGUGCCCGAGCUCUUCAUGACCGACUUCCCUUCACGGUUGUUCCUGUUGAAGAGUGACCUGCAGUGCAGUGAAGAUGCAGCAGAUAUCCUGGGACAGGGUGGCAGCGGCACCAUCAUCUACAGAGCCAAAUACAGAGGCCAUCCGGUGGCCAUUAAACGCUUCCACUUCAAGAAAUGCAAACAGCAGUCGCUCAACAGCAGCACAGACACCAUGAUGAAGCACCUGCAGUCGAUGGACGCGGCCCGCAGCUUCUCGGAGUUUCGUCAGGAGGCCAGCAUGCUCCACUCCCUGCAGCACCCGUGUAUCGUGGCUCUGGUGGGCAUCAGCAUCCACCCGCUCUGCUUCGCCCUGCAGCUGGCGCCGCUGGGCAGCCUCAACACCAUCCUGGAGGAGCGAGCCAAAGGUUCUCAGUACGUGCCGCUGGGUCACAUGCUCACCUUCAAAGUGGCCUAUCAGAUCGUCACAGGCCUGGCGUAUCUGCACAAGAAGAACAUCAUCUUCUGUGACCUCAAGUCCGACAACAUCCUGGUGUGGUCUCUGGAGCUGGAGGACUCGGUCAACGUCAAGCUGUCCGACUACGGCAUCUCGCGCCAGUCCUUCCACGAGGGAGCGCUGGGGGUCGAGGGCACACCCGGCUACCAGGCUCCCGAGAUCCGGCCCGGCAUCGUCUAUGAUGAGAAGCGUCCCCUGGCCGCUCCUCUCAUGAGACAGAUGCAGGAACCCAGUUUUGCUUGUCUCAGGUACCUGCUGCCCUGCCAGGAACACAGUCAGCUCUUCUUGUCCCCGCUGCAGGGCCACAACGCCGUCUUCUGGGAUGGAAACAAAGAUGACAGGAAUUACACGGUGGUAAACUUGGCCAAGGGGCAGGUGGAGGUGAAGAGGAUGCCAUGUCCGGGAACACGUCUGAGCUGCCAAAUGAAGAUGGAGAACAGCCUGUGGACGGCCACUGAGGAACAGGAAGUCUUUAUCUACAGCCUGAAAGAGAUGUGUCCCUUGAGUCACCCGCAGAAACUGCUCUCCUGUCCGGCUGUGGUAACCUGUCUCUUUUUACUGCCCGCCAGGAAAGAGUCUCUCGCGCAGGUGUUCGCUGGCAUGUCUGACGGUCUCGUGGUGGUUUAUUCUCUGGUAGACGACAUUCCUGUCGAAGGGGAGUCUUACAUCUGCUCGCACACGAUCAACAAGCAUCUUCUGAACAUGGAGGACUCGGACCCUCGGCAGCGUCCGUACGCUGUGCGCAACAUCGUGCCGGUGCGCUCCGGAUCAGAGGUGUGGUACACUAAUGGCCCCGGCGUGCUGGUCAUCGACAGCCUGGCGCUUCAGCCCAUCCGCCGCCUCGAGCCGUAUCUCCCGCCAUCCUGCGUGCUGUCCAUGGUCUCGUCUGCCAGCUGCUGGGGCGACGAGGCCGUCUGGUGCCUGGACGAUCACACCAACACACUUCUGAUGUAUCACGCCGCCAGCUACCAGAUCUGCGCUACAUACAACUGCAGCGACGCCAACCCGCUGCGGGACGUUUUCCCCGUGCAAAGGCCGGCCGGGGUUAUGACCCCUGUGACCCCUGAUCCUGAUAUAGAUGAAGAGUCUCUUCCGGCCGCCCUGGAGCCGGUGAAGGUGACGGUCACACACCGCGAGGACGCAGGAACACAGAUCUUGUGCCAGCAGGACUCGCUGGAUUACUGCUCCAUGACGUCCUCCGGCUUCAGCUCGGAGCAGCUGGAUCAGAUUGGCCAUUUCCCUCACAUCGAGCGCUCCAGCUCGGGAGCCCUCAGCUCUCUGACCAGCUCCAGCAGCAUGCCUUUAUCCGCAGACUUCGAGGAGACGGACAGACCGCCGGACGAGCCGGUUUCACCUGGAUCAUGUCCAUCCAGGAGCGCAACAGAUCCAGAACUAGCGGCUCAAAGCCACACACCAGUGCAGCUGAAGGCCUUGAACAUCAUUGCUGUCAACAGCACCAUCUGGGUGCCCAGGCGUGGAGGAGACAUCAUGGUGAUCGAGGUGCAGGAGCAGGCGGGUGCGCUCAGGGCUCGUGUGAUCGCCGUGUUGACGGCGCCUGGAGUGUCCGAGUACGGGACUCUGGCGGAGGCGGCGCUCGUCGCAAAGGACACCGUUGUGUGCGGCUUCCGUAACGAAAACAUGGCCUGGUGCCUGGCUGUCUGGAGGAGCUGGGGAGGCCGCGAGCUCGAGCUCUUCUACCAGGGAUACGAGGAGCUCGGCCGCUUGGAGAGCAGUCUGAGGAAAAGGAGGUAGCUGUGUAAACGCGUGUGUGUGACGGAGAAUCGACGUUCUGUGCGGCGCACACAGAUACAGGUGUUGAACGUGGUUACAGGAGCAACUGGAGGGAAUACACACACAUGUGGACUGUUGCUGCAGGCAAUAUAAUCCUGCCACAUACACAUUUCAGAUAUAUAUGUAUAUAUAUAUAUAUAUAUAUAUACACACACACACAUCCACAUAAACACAAACCGAUUGAAUGCCACACGCGCUGGAUGCAUAAACAUAUUUAUUCAGCCCUGGGCAUUUAGAAGUUUGCUGAUAUACGAGUACAUUAACUUUCAUGGACCAAGAAUGCAUCAGAAUUCAACGAAACUAAGGGGUUUUUGCAUUCAUGAGCUUGUGUGCGUGUGCGUGUGCAUGUGUGUGUGUGUGUGCGUGUGUGCGCACGCGUUUAAAUGCCAAGAAAGAGAUUUAUGAGAUGUGAUGCUGGUUAUCCGACUUGGUCAACUUUGUCUCAAGUUAAUCAGCAAACAAGAUGUGCCUAUGGAUGAAGGAUGGGCAGUUUUAGAAGUGACACGCAAUGAGACGAGAACCAAUGAAACGGCAGGCCUUGUGAAGCCCCGCCCACUUAGUGAGAUCAUAAUGGAGUGGAACAGUUCCCGCCCACUUUUUCAGCAGCAUUGGUUCCAGAAGUAUUUU